GCCGACAGAGGCGCUCUCUCGAAAAACCGUCUCAGCAAUGCAGCGCUCUUCGCGCUUCCUCAGACGUCUGUCGACACUCAUUUGAUACCCUCGAAUUCGAAUAUCCACUACCAUGGCGCUGAUAAAGCGCUACGGCGCUUAUGCGGCCAUCGCGGCCAUUCUCCUCUAUAUGUUUUAUUCCUUGAGCUUCCCCUACGAUGCAUCACAGUCAUUCCAGUCGGGAGAUGCUCCUCGCCGGCCAGAGCAUUCCAAGCCACAGGAAAACCAACAGCAAGAUAGUCAACCUCCACCUCCACCUCCACCCCCACCGAAGCGAUACGACUGGUCCCAGGUCCCGCUUCUCAAUCCCGUCGACAAGCCGACCCCCUUACCAAAAGGCGAACCCCAUCCUCACCCAAGGAUCCAGCACGAGUUCCCCGAGGAAGACGCAAACGCGAAGCAGAUACGCGAAUCGAGACGGGAGGAAGUCCGUAAGACUUUUUUCCGCAGCUGGAAGCAUUACCGCGCCAAGGCAUGGAUGCACGACGAGCUGAAGCCCAUCUCCGGCGGGUCGAAAGAUACGUUUGGCGGGUGGGCGGCGACGUUGAUCGACGCCCUGGAUACGUUGUGGAUCAUGGGGUUCAAGGACGAGUUUGCAUCUGCGAUGAAGGACGUGGAGAGGAUUGAUUUCGGAAAGGUGACCGUCGAUGAGGUCAACGUGUUUGAGACGACGAUCAGACAUCUUGGAGGGCUGAUGUCGGCUUACGAGCUCAGCAAGGAGGAAGUGCUGCUCAAGAAGGCGAAAGAGCUGGGUGAGAUGCUGUAUCAUGCCUUCGACACGCCGAACCAUAUGCCCAAGGUCCGAUGGAAGCCGCACAAGAAGGCGGCCGCCGAGCGCCAGGUCGCCGACUCGGAAGUCCUGGUUGCGGAAAUCGGCUCGCUGUCCCUGGAAUUCACGCGGCUUGCUCAGCUCACGGGGGACGACAAGUACUACGAUGCCAUUGCCCGCGUCACCCAGGUUUUCGUGCAGUCGCAAGAUAACACAAAACUACCAGGCAUGUGGCCCGUCAUAGUCAACGCGCGGAAGCGGCACUUCACAGACGAUAACGCAUUCACCCUGGGCGCCAUGUCCGACUCCACCUACGAGUACCUGGUCAAGGAGCACCUCCUGCUCGGCGGCCUCGAACCCGCAUACCAGCAAAUGUACGAAAAAGCAGCCAAAACGGCCAUCGAGCGCACCCUCUUCAAACCCAUGACACCCGAAACCACAGACCUGCUCAUACCGGGCUUCGUCCGCGUCGAACACGACACCACGAACCUGGAUCCGCAGCUCCAACACCUCGUCUGCUUCGCCGGCGGCAUGUUCGCCCUCGGCGGCAAAGUCUUCCAGAAACAGGACCACGUCGACAUCGGCCGCAAGAUCACCGACGCGUGCGUCUGGGCAUACGCGGCGUCGCCCGCGGGCAUCAUGCCCGAGAUCUCGCACCUGCACGCGUGCGCAAACACGAAAGAUACCUGCCCCUGGGACGAGCAAGCGUGGCACAAGGACGUCGCCGAGCGCGCAAAGCACAGCAGCGGCGGCACCGAGAAGGAUCCCCAGCAGAACAUAGCCAAUCUGCGCCUCCCCAAGGGCUUCACCGCCAUCGACGACAGGAAGUACAUCCUCCGCCCGGAAGCCAUCGAGAGCGUCUUCGUCCUGUACCGCAUCACGGGCGAGCAGCAGUGGCAGGCCGCGGCGUGGAACAUGUUCGUCGCCAUCGAGGAGCAUACGCGCACCGAGUUUGGGAAUGCGGCGCUCGCGGACGUCAGCGCCGAGCAUCCGCCCAAGGUGGAUAGUUGCGAGAGUUUCUGGCUGGCGGAGACGCUCAAGUAUUUUUAUCUCGUGUUUAGCGAGCCGGAUGUUUUGAGUCUGGAUGAGUGGGUGUUUAAUACUGAGGCGCAUCCGUUUCCGAUUCCGCAGCCGAAAGGUGGUAAGCAGGAGGAGAAGCAGGAGGAGAAGCAGGAGGAGGAGAAGAAGGAGAAGGAGAAGUCUGGGGAACAAAUGUAG